AUGACUUCUCCUCUGCGCGCUUUACUCAAUAUUCUUCAAGAAUCUAUCGAGAGGAUUGAAAAGGAAUGUCAGGGCUCUGGCGUUGAGUUUCCUGUUCUCGAUGAGCCUUACACGCCAGACAGCGAAGCUGUUCGUCUGACACCAGCUGUACAAGAGGCUUCUAUUCUCAUAACGGCGGCGGCUUAUCAGCUAAUUGCUACGGUACAGCAGCCUCAAAUGCACGUUUUCAACGCAGGGUGUAGUUAUUAUCUUUCUGCUUCGUUGAGAGCAGCAAUAGAAACAAACGUCGUCGAAAUUCUGCGCGAAGCUGGUCCCGAAGGCUUGCAUAUAACGGAUAUCGCCACUCAAAACAACGUCGACCAUAUGAAGCUCUCAAGAAUCAUGCGUUUCCUGGCUACUCAUCACAUCUUCAAGGAAAUUUCACCCGACGUAUAUGCCAAUAAUCGUCUCUCGUCCAUUUGCGACACCGGAAAACCGCUCGCGAAACUUCUCGACAGUCCCCUGGAAAAACACGAUGGAACCAACGGAAUUGCAGCCUUGAUUGGACAUUGUGCAGACGAGGAUUAUAAAGGUGCUGGAUACAUUACCGAGCACCUCACUAAUCCUGAGACGGCGCAGGAAGAUUCGGCAGAGCAUUCACCUAUGAUGCAAGCCUUUGGGUGCGAUCUCGGAGUAUGGAACUGGCUCGAGCAGCCUUCAAAUCAGCUGCGGCUGCGACGAUUCGGGGUAGCGAUGGAUGGCGUCAAUCGCAUGCAGCCACCGGAUUCCAUACUCAAAGGCUUUAGCUGGGGCAAUCUCCCAGACAAUAGCAUAGUCGUCGAUGUAGGGGGAGGAAUCGGUGUUUCCUCUAUCACCCUGGUAAAAGCGCAUCCUCAUAUCCGAUGCAUAAUCCAGGACAGGCCUCCGGUCAUUGCCCAAGGGAAGAAGCAUUGCGAGCAAGUAUUGCCCCACGCGCUUGCGUCUGGGAGGAUCCAAUACAUAGGCAAUCCAUUAAUUGAAAUGCUAGAGCACGACUUCUUCGACGUUCAAUGCCAGCUGGAUGCCAGCGUCUUUCUUCUUAAGCAGAUCACCCAUGACUGGUCGGACCAAUAUGUAGCUCGCAUCCUUCGUCACUUGCGGCAUGCUUCCACUGCUACUACUAAGUUGGUGCUCGUUGACUGCAUCAUUCCUCAUACAUGCCGGGCUCCGCAGGUUACUAUACCUGGCGCCGAUUUCCCUACGCCACCAGCACCAUUGCUCGCUAACAUGGGUGCCGCCAACGCCUCCCCAUAUUUCACUGACCUUUCGAUGUACGUGCAUUUCAACGGACAAGAUCGAACUUUAGCACAUAUCGUGGAACUAUUGAAUCGCGCUGGUUGGGCCGUGGAGCGCAUGUACCCGGGUGAUAGCAUCGGUAAUUACCUUCCUCAGAUCAUCGCGACACCGGUGUAG